CAUUUCAUUUCAUUUCAGGUAACAACAAGUGAGGACAUGGAAAAGGAAAAUGUAACCUUGUUGACAGAGUUUGUUCUCACAGGACUUACAAACCAACCACAGUGGAGACUCCCCUUCUUCUUGGUGUUCUUGGUGAUCUACCUCAUCACUAUGAUGGGUAACCUUGGCCUGAUUGCCCUCAUCUGCAGGGAUCCUAACCUUCAUAUACCCAUGUACUUUUUCCUUGGGAAUUUAGCCUUUCUGGAUGCUUGGAUAACAUCAACAGUGACCCCAAAUAUGCUGGUCAAUUUGUUAAUCAAGAUCAAGAUGAUCUCUCUCACUGAAUGGAAGAUACAAUUUUUUUCCUUUGGAGUCAGUGUAACCACAGAAUGUUUUCUCUUGGCAGCAAUGGCUUAUGAUCGCUAUGUAGCCAUCUGCCACCCUUUACAUUAUCCAGUGAUUAUGACCAAUAGAUUAUGCAUCUGGCUAAUAGUUUUAUCAUUUGUAGGUGGCUUUCUUCAUGCCUUAAUUCAUGAAAGCUUUCUAUUCAGAUUAACCUUCUGUAAAUCCAACAUAAUACAUCACUUUUACUGUGACAUUGUAGCAUUGUUAAAGAUUUCCUGUACUAAUCCUUCUAUUAAUUAUCUAUUAAUUUUUAUUUUCUCUGGUUCAAUUCAGAUAUUCAGCAUUAUGACAAUAUUUGUUUCUUAUACAUUUGUUCUCUAUACAAUUUUUAAAAAGAAGUCUGAAAAGGGCCUUAGAAAAGCAUUUUCCACCUGUGGAGCUCAUCUCUUUACUGUGUCUUUAUACUAUGGCCCCCUUCUCUUCAUGUAUGUGCAUCCUGCAUCUUCACAAGCAAAUGAUCAAGAUAUGAUCUUCUCUCUAUUUUACAUGGUUAUAAUUCCUGUGUUAAAUCCCAUUAUUUACAGCUUGAGAAACAAGAAAGUCAUAGAUUCAUUGAUAAAAACGUUGAAAAGAAAUGUUUAG